AUUUUUGGUUUUCUGGAGGCGGUCACACACUGGGCAUAUUGUUGUCGUGCUGUCAAAAAGAAACUAAAAAAAUAACUAUUUUCGGAAAUAAAACAAUUGCUUAUUACUAAAACAAAAGCAGAACAGGGCCAAAGUCGUAGUAAACAUGACCAAAAAGGAAGAUAAGUUGCAGCCGCCUGAGGAGCUGGUCAAAGUAAACAAGUGGGACGGAUCGGCGGUUAAGCACGCUCUUGACGAUGCAGUGAAGACCUGUUUGCUGGGCGAUCGGCCUCAGUUGAAGGAACAAUUCGGGCUGGUCAAUACUCGAUUAGCCCUCUGCGCCUUGGCAGUGGGGGUGGCUAUAAUGGCCCAUGCUUGGGACUUCACCCACCCGUUUCCCCAGUCCAGACCAGUUCUUCUGUUUAGCGUCCUGGCGUACUUCGCCUUGAUGGGUGUGCUAACUCUGCAUUCCAGUUUCCGUGAGAAGGGCACAUUUGCCGUGGCUGUCCAGAAGGAUAAGGAGCGAGAGCGCAUAUGGGAGGCCAGUUCGGAUAUGCGCAAAUACGACGACAAGUACUUGUUGACCCUUAGCGUUCGAGACGUUCGCAGCGGAGCCCGCCGUGAGCAGACCAGCUCAAAAUCCUGCGCCGCUUUCAUCGAUCAGAACGGCAUCGUCCUGGAUAACCUAGUGGCGAACGAGGUUAAUCGCUUGUAUAACUCCUUGGCUGCCGAGAAGAAAGACAAAUAACUAAGAGAAGAGACAGUCUAACCAGACUUCGACUAUUCUUUUAAAUUAAAAUAAAAUAAAAACAACUAAAACCCA